AUGAAAUUCCUCUCUGCAAUCGGUCUUCUGGCUGCUACUGCCGUGGCCAACCCCCUCGCCAGAUCUGCCGGCAAGGAAUUCCACCUAAAGACUACCGGCUCCAAACUCGCCGAUCACAACGACCUGUUCCUCACCACCUACCACACCGGCGCCGGCCUGAACGAUGCGGUUCUCGAGAGCAAAGCCGACGCCGCAACCGCCUUCUACCUGAACGGCACCACUGCCCUCGCUGACCUAGGCACCUCAUAUCCCUGGGGCUUCGAUAUUGGCGGAGACGCCAAUUAUGCCGACUGGGAGGCUGUGGAGAUCAACGCCGGCGGCGGCGUCGACGGCUUCUCCAUCACGGAUGACACGUUCAUCUGGUCUGAGGCCGAAGGCUUUGGUGGAUGGCUCGUCUGCCAGUGGUUCCACGGUUCUCCUCAGCUGUUCUGGCUGGACAAGUACUACACGCCCACUAUCCCUUGCAGCUGCAGCAAGGUCGAGCUGGAGCCCAUCUACCUGAAGUAG